AUGGACUGCAUCGUGCGGACUUGGCUUCUCGGCACCAUCUCCGACGACCUCGCCGACACCGUCUCCGAGCGCCGCGCCACCGCCCGCGACAUUUGGCUCGCCAUCGAGUCCCAAUUUCUCGGGAAUCAGGCGACGCGCGCCCUGUACGCCGACGCCGACUUCCGCAACUUCUGUCAAGGCGGCCUCUCCGUCGCUGACUACUGUCGGCUCUACAAGCGCAAGGCGGAGGAUCUCCGCGACCUCGGCGAACCCGUCUCCGACCGCACCCUCGUCCUCAACAUCAAUCGCGGCCUCAACGAACGGUUCGAAGCCAUCGGCCUCCACCUUCGCCGCACCAACCCCUUGCCCAGCUUCCUGCAGGUCCGAGUUGAUCUUCAGAUUGAGGAGCUGACCAUGGCCAAGACUGCCCCCGCCACCGCCCUCUUCUCCAGCUCCAGUGGCGGCAAGGGCUCCUCCAACGGGGCUCGCCUGCCCGGCGCCCCCCCGCAGCACCAGCAAGGAACCCCUAGACUCUCCUCUGGUGGCUCCUCUAGGCGCGGCGGCAAGAAACACGGGGGCGGCGGCGCAGGCGGCAGCAACUCUGGGGGCGGCUACGGCGCCGGGAACGCCGGCGGACGGCCCGGCAGCGGAGGCAACUCCGCCUCCUCUGCUUCGACUGCGUCUGGCGGCCAAGGCCUAGGAGCUGGCGGCUUUUGGCCUAGCUAUCACAACCCGUGGACAGGCUCCAUUCAUAUGUGGCCCGAGCCUCGUGGUCCGCCCCGCCCGUCGCCUGCUGGGCCGGCCCAGCCCCCUCACGCCUUCAUCGCUGGGUCGCCUGGUCAGUGGGCCGGUCAGUGGGGUGUCCCAGCCCCAAAUCCACCGAUGGGCCCUCCUGCCGCCAGCCUCUACACUACUAGCUGGGAUCAGCAGGCUUUGGCGGCCCAAUUUCAGACGGUCCAUCUUCAACAGCCUCCUCAGCACGACUGGUAUUUUGAUACUGGAGCCACAAACCAUGUUGCCUCCGAUGCUGGUACUCUCUUCCACUACCCCUACCUCUAUUUACUCUCCCACUAA